UUUGGAGCUUUUGCGGCCUGUCGCGUUUAGUAAUGUCAGGACGUGGGAAACAGGGUGGUAAGGCCCGCGCCAAGGCCAAGACCCGCUCCUCGCGGGCAGGGCUCCAGUUCCCAGUGGGCCGAGUGCACCGCCUGCUGCGCAAGGGCAAUUACUCGGAGCGGGUUGGGGCCGGCGCGCCGGUGUACCUUGCGGCGGUGCUGGAGUACCUGACGGCCGAGAUCCUGGAGCUGGCGGGCAACGCGGCCCGCGACAACAAGAAAACGCGCAUCAUCCCACGCCACCUGCAGCUGGCCAUCCGCAACGACGAGGAACUUAAUAAGCUGUUGGGGCGCGUGACCAUUGCGCAGGGUGGAGUCCUACCUAACAUCCAGGCUGUGCUGCUGCCCAAGAAGACAGAGAGCCACCACAAGGCCAAGGGCAAGUAA